GGUUUGAAAACCCACACAAAGACCACCUUCCCCUCUCCUCCUCCUCCUUCAACUUCAAGCUGUCGUCUUGGAGUUUGAAUCUUUCAGACCCGAAAACAGAAAAGACAAAAAAAAAAUGGAGGGAAGGGCGAGGGGUUUGACGCUGAUUGGCCUUCUUUUGGUGAGCUUCGUCGGAAAGAUCGCAUCGCUAUCGGUGACAGUGAACGACGUUGAAUGCGUGUACGAGUACGUGCUUUACGAAGGCGAUACCGUUUCGGGCAACUUCGUGGUCGUCGAUCACGAUAUUUUCUGGGGCGCCGAUCAUCCCGGCCUCGAUUUAAUCGUGACAUCUCCUGGGGAUAAUACGGUGCACACUUCGAAGGGAACAUCUGGUGAUAAGUUUGAGUUUAAAGCCCCAAGAAGCGGAAUGUACAAAUUUUGUUUUCACAAUCCUUACUCAACACCAGAGACUGUUUCUUUUAACAUACAUGUUGGUCAUAUUCCCAACGAGCACAAUAUUGCCAAAGAUGAACAUCUAGACCCAAUAAAUGUUAAAAUUGCUGAGCUUAGAGAAGCAUUGGAGUCAGUUACAUUAGAGCAGAAGUACUUGAAAGCACGUGAUGUUCGACAUCGUCAUACAAACGAGAGCACAAGGAGGCGGGUUGUGUUGUAUACAGUGGGAGAGUAUCUUGCGCUGGCUGCUGCGAGUGCUUUGCAAGUCGUUUACAUUCGCAAACUUUUCAGCAAAUCGGUUGCAUACAAUCGGGUUUGAACUGCUUGGUUCUUGUUAUAGUCUAUUUUAACACAGGAUGAACUUCAUAGAUUAUUUCAAAUACGUUUUCUGUGUAACAAGUUAUGAAAAGUUUAUACUAUUUUGGUUCUUAGUUUUCAAAUACAUUGACCUACACCUUGAAAUGUCAUGGUUUUAGUUGGUAUA